UUGCUCAUCAAGCCACCAUGAUGAUGAAGUUUAAGAGACCUCACAUCGAUUCAACAUCAGGACUCCCACCAUCACUUCUUUACCAUCUACCACCAUCACCACCGUAAUGGCUCCUCAGGCAAUCAAUUCUCUCCAGGAAUUCAGGAAGAUUAUCGACGGUCCCAAGCCAGCUGUCAUUGAUUUUUGGGCAACAUGGUGCGGCCCUUGCAAGAUGAUUGGACCAGUCUUCAAGAAGCUCUCGGAGAAACCUGAAUUUGCUAGCGUUGACUUUUACACGGUCGACGGCGAUGAGCAGCCCGACAUCAUGGACGAAUUACAAGUAUCUUCGAUGCCCACUUUCAUCGCGUUCAAGGAUGGAAAUAAGAUAGGGACAUCGCUGGGUGCCAUUCCCAAGAACCUUCUGGAGCUUAUUGAUAAAGCAGUUAAAGCCGCUGCUGCAGGUGCAGCUACUGAGGACUCGGCGCCUGCGGAGACCAACACCGAAGCCCCAGCCACAGUUCCGGCUACGGCAUAGAUGUACCCGAAUAGAAAUACGUUAGCUUUGUCGUGUGUACGUCUGAAUUCGAACGAUGAAGACCAUUGUAUUUUAUGUGAUUAAUAACAACUCAUAAUUAUUCACUGCUAA